UAGAGCAAAUCCAGCUCUUGUAUAUAUACACACACCCAUCACCUCCUCCUUAUAGUAACUGACCUUUUCUCAUUCUCUCUCUUUUGUUGUUGUUGUUGUUCUUGUUGUUGUUAAGUAACUAUUACUACUACUAUUACUCCUUUCUCUUUACUUUCUAAUCCCAUGGCAAGUUCAGAAGGUCUGAAACACCGUUCCAGAGAUGAUACUGACCCUACUAUCACCACCACUGCAACCACCAUGAACGCUGGCGUUACUAAAAGUAAUGAUAAGAAGGUUCAGAAGAUGGCGAUGGCGCGGCGGGGCCUCCGCUCCCUGGCCGUCGCCGUCGCCGUCCCUCUCGCCCUUGCCCUCGCCUCCGCUUGCCUCUCCGGCGGCGGCGGCAGCGGUGAGUCCUCGGCGAGGCCCUUCUGGGGCCUGCCGCGUUGGGUGUUCGGGGCGGCGGCAGUGUCGACGGCCGGGCUCGCAGGCCUGUCGGCGUGGCUGGUGUGGGCCGAGGGCGGGUUUCACCGCCGGCCCGCCGACCUGGGCCUGUUCGCGGCCCAGCUCGCUUUGGGCCUAUUGUGGGGACCGCUAGUGUUCAGGAUCGGGGCGACGCGGCUGGGCCUCGUUGUCUCCUUAGGCCUCAUAGGGUGCCUGCUUUGGUGCUCCAAAUGCUUCCACAGAGUGAAUCCAAUUGCAGGGGAUCUGCUCAAGCCUUGUCUUGCUUGGGCUGUUUUCCUUGCAGUGUUUAACCUAAAGCUUGUUUAAUACUAUAUAUAUAGUAUUAUAUGUGUGUGCGCGCGCUUGGAUUUUAGUACUCU